UCGCGCCGAUAUAUUAAAAUUAGCCAAUGAGAGUAACAUUUUAUGCAGCUUGUGAUAGCAAGAAAUAUACAAAAUGGCCAUCGGUUUGGUAGCAAGGUUGUGUGGGUGAUUUAAUUAAUUAAGUAUAUUUUGAGAGAAACAGUGUGCAUAACGAAAAUGUACUUUCCAGUUGGAUGGCCGAAAGUAUUAAAUAUCCCGCAGUUAGGAAAAUGUUCAAUUCGUCAAGUGGUCUGUAAUAGGGAUAAGAUUUUGUUUGCUAUACUGACAGACGAUUGUUUGUCAGUUUGGUUUUGCAAGCCAUGUGUUCCUAUAGUUAUCCAUCGCCGAUCUUGUGAAUCAGUAGAAGAUAUUGGAAUGAAUGAACUUGUGGAAUGGCGUCCAGAUUCCAGCAUGCUUGUUGUUGCUACAUCAGGUGGUUACUUGUUGCUUUAUAAGCUCGGAGUAGUUGCUGAGCAGAAAGGUCUGUAUGUGCAAGUAGAUUCACCACAUCCAAAUUUACGUAGAGAUAGUGCUGAAUUAUUUAUCAAGGAAGUCAUUCCACCUCUUCAUCUGACAUUGGAUGAGGAAGUUGGGAUUGAAGGAGGAAUUACCAGUGUGGUCUGUAUUCGUGAUGAGCUGAUGCUGGCAACUACUCGAGGUCAUGUUCUGAGGUAUAGGUGGGAUGGCUCUCAAAACAGAGACUACUGUCUUGAUCUCAGAAGGGUGCCUUUCUGUAUUGACCAGCAAGUUUCCAAAGCAGUACCAAUUUUGGAAUGUAAUACAUAUGUUGUGGAUAUAGAAUACUCACCUCUGGUUGGUGGAUUUGCUGUUGUUCUGAAUGAUGGUCGGGCAGCUUUUCUUACAGCAGCUUCGUUAAGGUUUGACCCAAAUCAAGUUCAAGGUAUUUGGGCCCAGAAUAUAGAAGAUGCCACUUGCGCAAGUGUGAAUCAUAAAUAUCGUCUUAUAGCAUUUGGAAGGAAAAAUUCUCAGGCUGUGGUAUACUGUAUUGAUGAGAGUACGGGUGGACUUGAAGUGUCCCAUCAUAUUGUCCUGUCUAGUAAAGACUAUCCAGGGUCUCCUGGACAUGUUCAAGGCAUUAAGUGGACUCCUGAUGGCUGUGCAAUGGCUGUUUCAUGGGAACAAGGUGGUCUGUCUCUUUGGAGUACAUUUGGUGCACUUCUGUUGUGUACUCUUGGUUGGGAUUAUGGCCUUCAUGUAGAUCUGGCACGUUCUAAUCCCCUGCAUAUACAUAGUAUGGAAUGGUCAGCAGAGGGAUACCAGUUGUGGAUGGUGAAACGACAGCCUGAUCAUGAUCCUGGGGGAAAUGGCAGUUUGGAUUGUGUUAUACAACUAGACUUUGUCAAGAGUGCCCUCACUGUAAACCCCUGCAUGAGUCAUCAGAGCCAUUUGUAUCUUCAAGGUGAAGAUAGAUUGUUUGUAAAUCUAGGUGACAACUUAACCAAAGUCUACCAUGAACGCCCAAGGGACCAACUGUCAUCUCUGUAUGGAUCAAAUGAAAUGUUUCUGGAUGUAGGGAAUCUCAUUGUAACCAGUACUCUGACAGGAAGUAAACAGUGGACUGUGGUACCAAUUCCAUCAGCCUACUUGGGCACUAACUGGCCUAUUAGAUACACUGCCAUUGACUCUGAGGGUCAGAAUUUAGCUGUAGCUGGAAGAACGGGAUUGGCACAUUAUUCAAUGGUGUCUCGUAAAUGGAAGUUGUUUGGAAAUGAGACUCAAGAAAAGGACUUUGUUGUGACAGGUGGUUUGUUGUGGUGGCGAGACCAUGUUGUGAUGGGCUGUUAUAGCAUCUUGGAGAACAGGGAUGAGAUCCGGAUAUACCCGCGAGAUACCAGAUUGGAUAAUACUUUUGUAAAAGUUGUGCGGGUCUCGGCUCAAGUUCUUCUGCUGAACACGCUUUGUGAUAGGCUAAUCACUUUUUGUGCCAAUGGUCAAAUAUCAAUUUACAGUUUAUCUGUGAAGGAAAACCAUUCAUUAGGUGGUGUUGAGAUGGGAAUCCUGCAGAGUGUGGACAUCAGUGCACUGUGUGUUCAUCCUGCUUGUGUUGUGUCUGUGACGUUAACAACUCUUCGUACAGAAACUGGUCGCCACACAACGAAGGAGGUUGAAAGUAUAAUGCUUAAUGUGAGUGGCAGAUUGCUGAUGGUUCAGCGUGAGCAGAACUGUAAGCAAGGAGAUGACAACAGUGAUGGCAGCCUGUCAUACAUCUGUGCUCCUCCCACUGUCCUGGCAUCACGUGUGGAGAAUGUGUGGGUUCCUCGCAAGUCUCGGCGUGAGAAACCUCAUUUAACUGAAGCUUUAUGGCUGUUCUGUGGUGCUCAUGGGAUGAUGGUGUGGCUACCAUUAUUUCCUAGAGAUGGAGACAAAUCUCAUUCUUUCAUGUCCAAGAGGAUAAUGUUGCCUUUCCAUCUCAGGAUAUAUCCACUGGCUAUUUUAUUUGAAGAUGCUAUUCUCUUGGGUGCUGAAAAUGACACAAUGCUGUAUACUUCAGAUUCAAAUUCACCUUUCUCUCUGCCGUUCUGUGUUCUGGAGCGAACAAGUCAAGUAUACCUCCAUCAGAUACUGCGUCAGCUGAUACGUCGAAAUUUGGGCUUCCAUGCGUGGGAGAUUGCCCGAAGUUGUACAAGUCUUCCUUACUUUCCCCAUUCCCUGGAACUGCUGCUUCACGAGGUGUUGGAAGAAGAAGCCACCAGUAAAGAGCCAAUUCCUGAUGCAUUGCUACCAAGUGUGAUUGAGUUCAUACAGGAGUUUCCAGUUUACCUACAAACAGUUGUACAGUGUGCACGGAAGACUGAGAUUGCUCUGUGGCCUUAUUUAUUCUCAGCUGCAGGCAAACCCAAAGAUCUGUUUCAGGAGUGUCUGGCAAGAAAGCAGCUUGAUACAGCAGCAUCUUACCUCAUUAUCCUCCAGAACUUAGAACCUUCUUCAAUAAGCAGGCAGUAUGCAACACUGCUGCUGGAUGCAGCUUUGGAUCAGUGUAAAUGGGAACUAUCUAAAGAUCUUGUACGAUUUCUCAGAGCAAUCGAUCCAAAUGAUGUUGAAUCGCCUCGUGCCUCUUUUAUUCUGCCGUCCAAGUAUGGAGUGAAUCCACAGACUCCUCCUGUUAGUCCUAAUGAGGAGGACCUUUCUCUUGUUCUUGGUACAAUGCAGGUAUCUCGGGGCCGUAGUUACAGCACUACAACUUCCCCUAAAGUUCAGCAGAUUGAGUCAGGAACUCCAUCAGUGACAGGACAUCAUAGGGAAAUGCUACGUUCCAGUAGCAGCAGUGGGGAGUGCAGCAGGUCUGUUCCCAUGAGACGCAAGAAAUCUGUUCCUACAGGAUGGGGAGAUACCAGGUAUGGCAUCAGUGUAAUAGAGUUCUUCAUAGAUGUUAUUUUGCAACGCCAUGCCCGCCGCCUUUUAUCAGCACAUCGUUUGACUGAUCUUGGCUACUUUGCCGCACAGCUGGAUUUCCACCUUGUGGCAUGGCUUGGCAGAGAAAGGGAUCGAGCAGCUAGAGUGGAUGACUUUGUUGCAGCUCUCAAACAACUACAUUUAGAUUUUGUGUGGCCAUAUCCAGAGCUUUGCCAGCCUGUAUCGUAUUACUUACAGUGGAACAGUUCAACUUCAGAUUCAUCUCCUACCCUUGACGAUCGUAUGAAAUCCCUUACAGUCGACGUGGUAAGCCCAGGUGCUAAUGGAGGAAGCAGGGUAGGUGACAGUGGCUACAUGAGCUGUGCAGGUGGUCAACAUGAUGCAUUUCUUUCUACUGCUAUCCCAGGCCCAGCUAAUACUACACCAGCAGUGGCAGGGUCAUCACAUUAUACAACUUGUAUAUUGAUGCCCAGUGAAUACCGUAGUAGCUCUGUUAUUGAAGCUCAACUCGUGCCUCAUCUUUUGCAAGCAGAUGAGAGCAGUAUGAUGAGUGAGGAGAGUUCAUUCUGGGGAGAUGAUCGAGAGCAGUACAUGUCUGAUGCAAGUGAAAAUACUAGAUGGAGUGAUGUCCCAAGUACAUUGGUCCUUGAACAGUUAUCACAAGAAUUAGCUAACAGAGGUUCACCAGAGUCUGAAGUGAAACUCAGGUAUCUCCUGCAGUUGUUUAUGGAGGCAAGCUGCUUAGAGUGGGCAUUGUUGAUCUCAGUGCUGCUACGGGAUGCCAUGGCAGUUCUCCGUACUACAAAUGCUGCUCGCUCACCAGAUCAUUCCAUAGAGGCCAUUCUGCAUCUCAAGGAGGGUCUGGUGGCAUUGUGUCAUUGGAGUGGCACUGAAUGCCUUGGAUACAAACCAUUCAUGGUAGCCAUUCAGAAUCAGAUAGCAGUACUAAGCAAGUUGCUGUGCAGCAAAGAACAGCAGCAGCAACAGAAUACAUCAUCUUCACCAAGGUUGUCUCAAUCUCGAAGGACCAGUUCUAAUCGGGAUGGAGGAAAUCAAUCAAACAGUGGACAGAUGGCUUCAGGAUCUAAUAAUUUGUCAGCAGUUGAGCUUGAUGGGAGGAUAGCUGAGGGAAGUACAUGUCAGGACAGACCAAGCAGUGGAUCAAGGAAUGCUGAUGAAAAAUCAUCCAAGUCUGACACUCUCUUUGAGAAUAGUUUGAGUAAUAUUGGAAGUGACAGGAUCAUUGAGAGAAACAGUGCAGAUGAAGUGAGGGACCAGAUGGUUAUGGAAGCAGCAAAAGAGCAAGCAAUGGAAAGUUCAGGUUGUACAGUAUCAUAGUAGGAUACUGAUCUUUGAAAGCUACCAUUAUCAUAAUCAUCGUCUAUCUGGGUGAAUCCUAAAACUGCAUUCCAAAUGGUUGGUCAGACAUGCAGUCAAAGGUAAUAAUGUGAUAUGAUAAAAAUGUGUGAAUAAGAAGAGAAAUACUGAAGAGUGUUUCUUAAAAUCAGUGAAGUUCAAAGAAAAUAAAUAUAAUCCCCAAACCCUUCAAGUAGGCCUAACUGACCAUUUGGUGAUGGUUCAGAACUGUAGUACAAUGGUAUUUUAUUUGUAUAAUUUUUCAUGUUCAUAGUACAGCCUAAAGAUUAACAACGAAGUUUAAUAUAUAGUAUUGUUUUUUUGUAAAUAUUGAAUAACGUUUAAAAAAGAGGACAUUGAAGCAUCAUCUACAAAUUGUUAAUUUAUUACUGUUGAUGAACAUAGGAAAGUUCCUUGUUUGGUACUUCAGUUGCAUUGACAUUUAAAAUAAUUAUUCAGUAUAUAUCAUAUUGAUUCCAUCAUUAAAAAUAAUUUGUAAAUGGAAUAAAAACAAAUUCUGUCACCUAGUGACUACUGAAUUAUUAAAUUACAGAUUUUAUCAGAUGUGUAAAUUAAGCAAGUACCCAGUAGUGUUGUGCUUCCAUUGUGGCUGAUACCAUACUGUAUUUCUACAUGAAAUGUGUUUUCACUGAACGUGAUGAAUCAGCCAUAUUUCAAGCUGUAAUUAGAGGAUAAAAAAUUAGAACCAUAGUAUUAGGAAACAAAAGAAAGGUUAGAGAGGAAUGUUGUGGAAAUAAGGCACAAGACAUGAAAUAAUGGCAUUUUAUUGUAUUCACUCACAAAACUCUCUGACAGCCCAUAAUGAAAAUAUGUUUACCCUACUUUUGUCUUAUAUGCCUGACUUAUUUUAAGUGAAUGGGGACAGCUAUUCUUGAUCUUCAUUUUUCUUGAAAUGCUCCAACAAAUCAUAAAACUUAAUGGUUGAACACAGACUUUAGUUGUGAAAGAUACAAAUUCUGUAAAUGCAGAGCUGAGAAUAUGAGUCAGUAAAAGACCUGCAACUUUCCACACACAUGGAUGGGCAAAUUUACAUACAGUAAUAGGCAGCAGGUAAAACAUGACUUUGUUUACAGAUUAUAUUUAGGGUCUGUAAGCAUAGUUUUACUCAUCUGGGCUUCUGUUACUCUGACUUUAUUUAACAUAUGACUGAACUUGUUAGGUCAAGUAGUAAUUAUUCUUAUAUUAUAUUGUAUGUUUAUUAAAUGAUGUAGGUAUCCAUAGCGAAGCUAAUACUGCAUUUAGUAAAGCUGUUUCAAGCCACUAGUUGCAGUCGGAGGUUAAUGAUUAAUUUAAAGUAAGGACAUGUCCAUUUUAGUUGGAGAAAGAACCAAUGCUCAAUAUUGAAUUUGAUACCAAGCUGCUGGUCAUUUUUAUGUAUGCUACAUUAAUUGCUCAGUUCAUGCUUUCCAUAUUGAUAUGACUAGAAGAGAAAUGAGUAAUACAGCUAAGAAUUUGUAAAACCUACUAAUUUAAACAUUUGCUCUUAAACUUGGUGGUCAUGUUGCAAACCAUGUACUUGUUAGUAAUGGUAUACUCUGUGUUGUGAUUAUGACAUUUUCUAUUGUCUUCCCUGGUACUAUUCUUAGGUAUCACAUGUUUUCAGAGUAUUCUAAGGGACUAUUAACAUAAAGAUACUUUAUUCGAAUAAACUUUGUGAUUUUGAUACAGGAUUUAGAAUGAUGUGAGGAACCAAUUUUAUUAGAUUUUGAAUAUGAGCACUGAUGAUGGAAAGGAAACAGGGACAAUAGUGAUGAUAAGAAAGAACCAAAUAUUAAAACUGUAUGUUUGGAAUUUUAGAGCCCUCCAUCAUUAUUAUAGCAGCACUUAGGUAAAAGUUGAAGUUACCCCUGUGCCUUAAGCACCAUGUGAUUAUGGCAUGCAGGGGCUGUGGAGGUAAAGCUCCAUGUAUUCUCAGCCCUUAAAACUAGAUAGAGGUGGGAGGUUAGUCUAACAUUCUGGCUGCUUUUAUCAACAAUACCCAUUUGAUAGAAAUUUGGGUAGAGAAAGAUCUAGUCCUGUCAUCUGUAAUAUUCAGUGCAUUUUGUGGACAGCUGGAAGGUGCAGUGUGAUGUUGCUAAAGGCAUUGAGCCCACAUGAGUAAAUUUUUUAACCAAUGUUGUAAUAACACAAAACACUGUACAUUCUUCCUGUAGUUGCCAGUGCCCCAUUUUGAUAUACUUUGUUAAAGCAUACCUUCUUUGCUCUUCGUGGAAAUGAGAUUUCUUUUAUACUACAACAUGUUGCAGUAGACUGCACUUCUAUUUUUUUAACAUUAUUUAUUAGCACAUGGAUAAUUUUGACAGGUUAUUUUAUUAAAAGAAGUUGUACACUCACAGAGUACUUUACAUCUAAAACAGGGUCUGUUAUUGCCCAUACUAGUUGAAAUGUGUGUUGUGUGUUUGUAUGAGUAUGGACUACUUGCUUAUUUGAAGAGGUUACUAUUUAGAAGGUGUAAUGAUGUUAAUUUAAUAUUGCAUGGAAAAGUUGUCUGCUAAUUUGUUACAUGAAUAAGGUGUUCACUAAGCAGCUUCAUUGUGGGUAUUACUGAAUUGAUUGAAACAUCAAAUACUAUACUGUUUUAUAUUUGCUAUUUUUCACAGCAAAAAAAGAAAAGAAAAUGCUGAGAACAUAUCUGACUAUCUUGUUGUUAUUUAAAAUAUUUAAGAUGACUGCUAGAUGGUACUUUGUAUGGCAUGAAGUAAUGGUAUAGUAGCUGUCCACAGCUCAUUGCUCAUAAAAUGAAAUUAUCUUUACUAUUAAAUCUGAGUGUUUAAUAAAUGAAGUCUUGUUGUAUACAGUCUUCACAUGUGUAAAAUGUUAAUAUUAUGUGAUUAAGACUAUCUGAAAAUGCAUAGGAUUACUUAUCAGCAAAAAGGUGUUACAAAAAUGCAAGGCAGUGCUCACUUUUAAUGUACAGUAAACUUGAAUAACCUUGCUAAUGUUAUAUUUUUAUGUAGAUAACAAUAAAGUUAUUUUUACAAAUA